AUGGAAUCAAUCGGAGUCCUUAUGAUGUGCCCUAUGCCCUCGUACCUCGAGAACGAACUUCAGAAGCGCUUCAACCUAGUUCGCUUCUGGAACUUGCCGGAGAAGUCCAUAUUUCUGAAAACUCGGGACUCAAUCCGCGCCGUUGUUGGAAAUGCUUCUACAGGCGCUGACGCUGAGCUCAUCAAUGAUCUCCCCAAGCUUGAGAUUAUCUCCAGCUUCAGCGUCGGCCUCGAUAAGAUCGAUUUGCGGAAAUGCAAGGAAAAGGGGAUCCGAGUCACCAACACUCCCGACGUUCUCACCGAAGACGUCGCAGAUCUCGCGAUUGGCCUUAUCCUUGCUCUCCUCCGACGCUUGUCUGAGUGCGAUUCCUAUGUUAGGAGCGGUAAAUGGAAGUAUGGCGAUUUCCAACUCACUACAAAGUUUAGUGGAAAAUCCGUGGGCAUCAUUGGUCUUGGUAGAAUUGGGACUGCCAUCGCAAAGAGGUCCGAAGCCUUUAGCUGCCCAAUCAGUUACUACUCAAGAACAGAGAAGCCUGAUGUAGGCUACAAGUAUCAUCCAACGGUGGUUGAGCUUGCUCAAAACUCAGACAUCCUCGUCGUGGCAUGCUCAUUAACUGACGAGACCAGACACAUUGUGAACCGGCAGGUGAUGGAUGCAUUAGGUGCAAACGGUGUGCUGAUAAACAUUGGGCGUGGGGCACAUGUUGAUGAGCAAGCGCUUGUGAAAGCUCUAACAGAAGGCCGCUUAGGUGGGGCUGCUCUGGACGUGUUUGAGCAGGAGCCUCACGUGCCUGAGGUGCUCUUUCGACUUGAAAAUGUGGUUCUCCUUUCUCACGUUGGAAGUGACACUGUGGAGACAGUGAAUGCUAUGGCCGAUCUUGUGGUGGGUAACUUGGAAGCGCAUUUUUCUGGGAAAUCACUUCUGACUCCGGUUGUCUGAGUAAAGUGCUUCUUCUAACUAAUGAUGGAAAGGGUCAAUUUCUCUUCCAAACAAGUUGCAUUGUCGUAUAUAAGCAUGCUGCGUGUGUUCAAAGAAAGAAACACUGAGGUGGAAGCUGUUCUCCGAGAUUGCAAGGAAGCAACAAAAACCGAAAAGAGAGGCAAUAAUGCUAGCUGUGCUUAGUGAAGAAUCAACUUCAGCGAAAACAUGUAUCCGUGUGUUGUGACUUCUGAGGGUUGGUCUGCGGCUUCUGCCUUAUCCCCAUCCCGUCUGAUAUUUGAGAUGUUUGAGCAAAGAAAGCAUAUAGAAGGUCUUGGAGAUACAUAAUCCGGAAAACCUUGUCUGAAUUGUGUUGAUAAGUCUUACUACAGUGGAGAUGUUCAAGCAGGGUUUGUCAUAUUAAAAAGCUGCAAUCAGAGAGCGAAACAAUACUCUGAGAAUCUGUGUAUGAAAAGCAGUAAACCAAUCAAUUGGUAGAGCAAUAAGCCAUGCAAAGGACUAUGCAUCUAUUUUACUGGUAGAUACUUGAUACUCCAAUGAUCCGUUUAAAAGAACAUCUCAUUCUCAUCGGCUCAGCUCGGUUAUUCCACCAAAGGGUACGGAGCCGUUCACAGACUGUUGUACCGAUUCUUAUAAACAUACAAAUUCAUCCUAAAGCAACCAAGUCAUAUAAAUUCAUCCUAAAGCAACCAAGUCAGCAUUAAUGGCCGUGUCUAGGAGAGCGAGGAACAUAUGAGAAUAUUUUGGAGGAAAUCCAUGGCAUCCUUGGUUUAGCAAAGAAGACGAGGUUUCUGCGGGAUCCAUAAAGCGAGUCAGAUUUGUAUGACCAUGCAAUCCAAAUCCCAACUCAAACUUUCUGUGCUAACAAUAUUAUUAACUAGAGUCACUCUUUAUGAAUCUUCAAGGCUGCCUUAGGCGUCUUGUUUUGGUUUUUACUCAAGUCUCCUGUGACAACAUCAGCGGGCGUCAAUUGAGUGAAUAAACACCUCAAGGCAACCUCGUAAGCAGCAAAAAUGGCACCGUUGACAACAAAGGCCCUGGCAACUGCAGUCCCAAGGCCACGCCAGAGAACCCCAUAGCCUUCCUGAGCGAUGCUCUUGCGAAAACAAUCGGCAAUGCCCUCGUAAGACCCAUGACCCCCUUGUUGAAGCCUGGUCUUGACAACAUCAAGAGGAUAGCAAGCGACCCAGCUGGACACACCAGCUAGGCCACCUGCGACCAGCAUGGUCCUGAGGGUUUCUUCUCCACUUUUCCUGCAGCCCGGGUGUAGCCUUUCUCGUACGUACUCGUAAGUCCAGAAGUAGAGGCCGUGAGCUGGAGCAUCUCUGAGAACCGUUAUGGUGAGGCCUUUGUAUAUCCCCUUGAGCCCUUCUCUUCUGAGGAUGGUCCUAGCCAAGCCGAGGGGGCCGCUGUUGCUCUGCUGCAGCUGAAGACGAAUCUUGAUGAGCUCAACAGGGCUAAGCAAGAGGCUCUGCACAGCACCAGUGCCAACCCCACCAAGAGCAACGCCUCUGUAGGAAGGAGGCUCUUCUAGGGGAACAGAGGAAUCAAAGGAGCGAGAGAGUAUUGCAUAUAUCUGGAACACCAUAGCAUUCUGUGACAUGAUCACAAGAAGAAGACGAUGAGUAUAUCACAAGAGAAUAUGCCAGUGGAAUCAAAAAGGUCAUGCGAAGUGGGAUAUUCAUGAGAUGCUGUGAUUAAAAAAAAAAAAAGGGGAAUCUAAGAAAGAAGAACCUGAAAAGUGACGGAGGCCAAGGGUGCAGCCAUGCCUCUGUAGAGGGAGGUAGGACCGUCGACGGCGAGCAUCCGGCGGAGAAUGGUGAAGGCAGAUACGGAUUUGGAGCUCUGUUGUUGACGAAUUCUCAGGGUGUCCAAGGGAUAGCCGGAGAUAAUACCGGCGAUGCCUCCGAAUCCACCGGCGACGAACUCUCUUCCCCAGCUGCUCGCCAUAAACUCUGGCCAGAAAUCCAUGUCGAACAAAUCGAUAGCUUUCUUCGAGUUGGUGUUUUUUUUUUUUUAAAGAACAGAUUUGAUCUCUUUUUGUUGGAGAUUUCAGUGCCUUAACCUGAAAGCUCUCCUCCCCCGAGGGAUUUGAUUGUCUCUAUUACGUCUACAACUUUCAGAGUAGAAAGCGGAUUUGGGAUUUUGUCCUAAUUUUUUUUGGCGAUGAGAAACGUGAAGAAACAAAAGCUCUCCACUUUCCUGUAAAUAGUUUUCAGUCGAAGAAGAUUGAGAUAGAGGGCAAGGCACCGUCCUUUUCGUAUGAUCUCACCCAACCCACUCCCGCCACCUUUACAUCUGCCAAAACUUGUUUCCUCUGCUUAUUAGUAUUUUUUUUUUCUUUUCUUUCUCACGUUCAGCUAUUAAUAAUUUAUUCAAAACACAAUUAUGAUGAUAAGCUAAAACAAUCAUGUUUACAAUUAAAUUAGUGAAGCUAAA